UAGGCUACACUCAUUGUAUACGUACAACAUGCAUUUUGGGUUUAGCGCGUAUCUAUAGCUGAGGAGGCUCGCUAUCUGGCUUGUCCAUAGGGCCCCCUCCUUCUCACCACAUCCACCAUCUCUCUUCUCUACUUCGACCCGCAGGAUAUUGCUGAAACAUGCCGAGACACUUGCAGGGCAGCUCGUGUCCGUCGCAGAACCGCGAGGCUGGUUCUGGUUUGUAGCCGAGCUGGAUCUACUUUGUGGUGUAGUCUCCCCCAGCAUAUCUGAAUAUAACUAUUGCAAAGGAGGGAAACAAGUUCAAGAAUAGAAAUAACUGCCCAAGAACGAAGUGAAGAAUACAGGAGAUCUAUACACCAAUAUUGGAAUCGAUGUUCGAUCAAGCUACGACUAUGGGCGAUGGGAUCGCAGAGGACCGCAACCACCACCACCACCACCACCACCGUGGAUCCAACUCUCUGUACGGUGACCGGAUGGACAAAUGCCAUACCGAACUUGGGAGCAGGUCGCCGGUGCAGAGUACAACCGAUACCGCGGGUACAUCGGCGUCAACCCCCACCUCCUCCAGUGAAGACGGACAUGAUAAACUAGACCCCGUGGACCCAGACUACUGCCAGAGGAUUUUAGUUCGAGAUGCUAAGGGUACCAUCCGGGAGAUCGUGUUGCCAAAGGGUCUCGACCUCGACAGGCCAAAACGCACGCGGACCUCCUUCACUGCAGAGCAGCUCUACCGGCUCGAGCUCGAGUUCCAGCGCUGCCAGUAUGUAGUCGGCCGAGAGCGCACUGAGCUGGCGAGGCAGCUGAACCUGUCUGAGACGCAGGUUAAAGUGUGGUUCCAGAACCGCCGCACCAAGCAGAAGAAGGACACGACCAAGGACUCUGACAAGCACUCCUCCUCCACCUCGGAGUCACUGGCCACCUGUAACAUUUUGCGUCUCCUCGAACAGGGCCGCCUCCUCUCCGCCCCGCCCCCCAAUCCCCCAUUGGGCCACCACCCAGGAAAUGGCUCCCUAUUGGUCAGCUCCGGAGGGGGCUCCUCGCCAGGCGUGAGUAGGAGAACGCCACCAGGAAAUGGCAUUCUUGGCAUGGGUGGAACUUUCGGGCUGUCACUGCCCUCCCUGGGAGGGACUUCACCUUCACCACGUCUGGGCAUGCCGCCGCCGCACUCACUGUGCUUCUCAAUGCCGCUGCUAGGGGGCGCUCAUCAUGAACUGGCGUCUGGGUACGGGUGCGGGUCCUCGGCAUUUGAGCCAUACAUGCGGCUGGACAGGAUCUCCAAGGAUGGAGAUCUAAGUGGGAAGAAGAGAGUUUCCUAAAAAGUGGCCAUUAAGGGGUUGGGAUGACCCCCCCCCCACCUCUGGUCUCCCACCUAUCCACCCACCAACAUUGCUGUCUAUCAUUGGUUGGCCCAUCAACAUCAUUGUUCAGCUACUGCCUGCCACGGUGGGGGGGGGGUUACGGAACAGGACCUCGUGGUGUGACAGACAGGGGUGAUGAUGAAUCCCCUCACACACAAAAACGUUGCUUGUGAAUUAUUUGGGAGAUGAAAUGUGUGUGUGAUUCAUACGGAGAACAGACCUUUUUGUCUUAACGCUUCUCCUCCUUUGUUCACUUUGUCCAGUCAGGACGUUUGUGUGACCGUUCUCUUCUUUCUUUUUCUUUCUUUCUUUCUUUCUUUCUUUCUUUCUUUCUUUCUUUCUUUCUUUCUUUCUUUCUUUCUUUCUUUCUU